AUGGCCGGCGUCCUCGGCGGCAUCUACAACUCCAUUGUCAAGCGGAACGCCGUCUUCCUUACCACAAUCUUUGCUGGUGCCUUUGCGACCAAUAUCAUCUUCAACAUCGGCGCGGACUCGGUAUGGGACCAAAUAAAUAAGGGCCGACAAUGGAAGGACAUCAAGCAACGGUAUAUGGGAGAUCAGGAGGAGGAGGACGAGUGA